UACAACUCAUCACAUUUUACAAAAUUAUAUACAUACAUCCAUGCCGACUUUCUCUCUGAUCAAGAUUGAUCAAGAACUACGAGUAGAUCGAAAGAUGGAAAAAGAAGCAACAACAAAAACACUACCCCAAAAAGCUAAACUCAAACAACAACGUGAAGUAUGGGAUUGUGAAAGCUCUCUUUACGACUCUUUUGAGCUCAAAUCUUUUGAGAAACAACUCGAUUCCGCUAUCUCCGCUAGAACCAUGUCAAUGCCUCACCUCUCUUCAACUUCCACCCGUCCUCGUCAACCACCGCCACCAACUACUAAUUAUGAUCACAAACAACAACCCGCCGCCGCCUCUAAGAAACACUCAAGACUCACACGGUCCCUUAACAAAUUCCUAAAAUCAGUUUUUCGGCCUAGAAAUUAUACAUCAUCAUCAUCAUCAUCAUCGAGAUAUGAAGGUAUGUAUGGAUAUGACACUUCAAGUGCUCUUUCCACUAUCCCGGAGCUCCCAGAAACAACGGUUCCAGAUUUCGAUAGGCUUUCUUCAGAAUUUGACAGGCUUUCACCUGACAUGAAGUCGUUGGUGACGAGAUCGCGCUCUGAUCGAUUCGUCAUGCCAACUUCUGUGGGUGUAUCGUGUGCUUAGUUAAUUGACAGUUAUAUAUAUAUCGAUCAUGAAGGUUACGUUUUUUAAUUUUCUAUAUAUGUAUUAAUUAAUUAAUGUUUUGUAAUUAAGUUCUAGUUACAAACUCUGAUCAUAAUUUAAGUAUAUAUAAUUAGGAUCAUGUACGUAUUA